AUGCGUAUGGUUAUCGAUCUUUUAUUACCCAAACAUCCGAUGGAUAUCGAUACAUCAAUCUUUCCUCUCGCUUCAAUCUCGAAAACAUUUAUUGCUACAGCCGUCAUGCAACUUGUAGAAAAAGAAAUUGUUGAUCUUGAUACAGAUAUCAAUCGAUACUUAUUCGAAUCUGUUCAACGUAUCUACCAUCCAGAAAGAAUUCUCAAGCCCUUGGGUGUUGAUAUCAGUAAAGUCGGAGUACGAUUAUCUGAUUUUGAAAAUACAGAAGAUUUCGUUAAACAUUAUGCAUAUGUAUUUGAUACAACUGAUCUUGAAAGAUGGCAACAAGUAAUGCUACAACUAAAUUUUACACCAAUUUCAGACAAUCUACCCACUUGGCUACACAUUUCAAAUUACGGAUUUGGUGCGUAUCCUGCCGGUCUUUUGCGUAUGUCUGCGAAUACAUUGUCAGUAUUUCUCCGUAUGUUUCUCAAUAAUGGAUCUUCUAUUCUUCGUCCUCGAUUAAUUGCUGAAAUGCGGACAAUAGUUGGUGGCGGUAACAUACCUGACUAUGGUCUGAUUGGAAACAAUAAUUCUACACAAAAAUCACCUUCAUCACAAUUUGGACUUAGCUGA